AUGGAAUCCGAGAUGCUGCAGUCGCCUCUCCUGGGACUCGGGGACGAAGAUGAGGCUGAUCUUACUGACUGGAACCUGCCUUUGGCUUUCAUGAAAAAGAGACACUGUGAGAAAAUUGAAGGCUCCAAAUCUUUAGCUCAGAGCUGGAGGAUGAAGGAUCGGAUGAAGACCGUCAGCGUUGCCUUAGUUUUGUGCCUGAAUGUUGGUGUGGACCCUCCAGAUGUGGUGAAGACUACUCCUUGUGCACGUUUGGAAUGCUGGAUUGAUCCUCUGUCAAUGGGUCCUCAGAAAGCCCUGGAAACCAUUGGUGCGAAUUUACAGAAGCAGUACGAGAACUGGCAGCCAAGGGCGCGGUACAAGCAGAGCCUUGAUCCAACUGUGGAUGAAGUGAAGAAGCUUUGCACGUCUUUACGUCGAAAUGCCAAGGAGGAGCGGGUCCUCUUCCACUACAAUGGGCAUGGGGUGCCCAGGCCCACUGUGAACGGCGAGAUUUGGGUCUUCAACAAGAACUACACUCAGUACAUCCCCCUGUCUAUAUAUGACCUGCAGACAUGGAUGGGCAGCCCCUCCAUAUUCGUCUACGACUGCUCCAACGCUGGUCUCAUUGUCAAGUCCUUCAAACAGUUUGCCCUGCAGAGGGAGCAGGAGCUGGAGGUCGCUGCUAUUAACCCAAACCACCCACUGGCCCAGAUGCCUUUGCCCCCAUCCAUGAAGAACUGCAUUCAGCUGGCAGCCUGUGAGGCCAACGAGCUCCUGCCCAUGAUCCCCGACCUUCCAGCCGACCUAUUCACGUCAUGCCUCACCACCCCCAUCAAAAUCGCCCUGCGCUGGUUUUGCAUGCAGAAAUGCGUUAGUCUGGUGCCUGGAGUCACACUGGAUUUGAUAGAAAAGAUUCCCGGGCGGCUGAACGACAGGAGGACCCCCCUGGGCGAGCUGAACUGGAUCUUCACGGCCAUCACGGACACCAUUGCAUGGAACGUGCUUCCUCGGGAUCUCUUCCAAAAGCUCUUCAGACAGGACCUAUUGGUGGCUAGUCUGUUUCGAAAUUUUUUAUUGGCGGAAAGGAUCAUGAGGUCAUAUAACUGCACCCCCGUCAGCAGCCCACGCCUGCCCCCCACGUACAUGCACGCCAUGUGGCAGGCCUGGGACCUGGCUGUCGACAUUUGUCUCUCCCAGCUGCCGACCAUCAUCGAAGAAGGCACGGCAUUUCGGCACAGCCCCUUCUUUGCUGAGCAGCUGACCGCCUUCCAGGUGUGGCUCACGAUGGGCGUGGAGAACAGGAACCCACCUGAGCAGCUUCCCAUUGUCUUACAGGUGCUGCUGAGCCAAGUGCACCGGCUGAGAGCCCUGGACCUGCUGGGAAGAUUUCUGGACCUGGGUCCCUGGGCGGUGAGCCUGGCCUUGUCUGUGGGUAUUUUCCCCUACGUGUUGAAGCUGCUCCAGAGCUCAGCCAGGGAGCUGCGGCCUCUCCUUGUCUUCAUCUGGGCCAAGAUCCUCGCCGUGGACAGUUCGUGCCAAGCUGACCUGGUGAAGGACAACGGCCACAAGUACUUCCUCUCGGUCUUGGCAGAUCCGUACAUGCCAGCUGAGCACAGGACCAUGACAGCCUUCAUUCUGGCUGUGAUCGUUAACAGCUAUAACACGGGGCAGGAAGCCUGCCUCCAGGGAAACCUGAUCGCCAUCUGCCUGGAGCAGCUCAACGAUCCCCACCCCCUGCUGCGCCAGUGGGUGGCCAUCUGCCUGGGCCGGAUCUGGCAGAACUUUGACUCGGCCCGGUGGUGCGGGGUGAGGGACAGCGCUCACGAGAAGCUCUGCAGCCUUCUCUCCGACCCCAUCCCUGAGGUGCGCUGCGCAGCAGUCUUUGCCCUCGGCACAUUUGUGGGCAACUCCGCAGAGAGGACGGACCACUCCACCACCAUCGACCACAAUGUGGCCAUGAUGCUGGCCCAGCUCAUCAACGACGGCAGCCCCGUGGUCCGGAAGGCAUUUAACAGGCUGCGUCUUCUGGCAGCUUGUAUAAUAGGCUCCUUCCUGCCUGGGAGCAACACUUACACACAUCAGGAGAUUCAAAAGAGCAGUAGCCACCCACAGACAGACGGAAAGGAACUGGUGGUGGCUCUGAGUCACCUUGUCGUUCAAUACGAAAGCAAUUUCUGCACCGUGGCCCUGCAGUUCAUGGAAGAGGAGAAGAACUACCCACUGCCCUCUCCAGCCACCACAGAGGGUGGGAGUCUGACCCCCGUGCGGGACAGCCCCUGCACCCCCAGACUGCGCUCCGUGAGCUCCUACGGAAACAUCCGCGCCGUCACCACGGCUAGAAGCUUGAACAAAUCUUUGCAAAAUCUGAGUCUGACAGAAGAAUCCGGCGGCUCGGUGGCCUUCUCCCCUGGGAACCUGAGCACCAGCAGCAGCGCCAGCAGCACCCUGGGCAGCCCCGAGAACGAGGAGUACAUCCUGUCCUUUGAGACCAUCGACAAGAUGCGCCGAGUCAGCUCCUACUCCUCCCUCAACUCCCUCAUCGGAGUUUCAUUCAAUAGUGUUUACACUCAAAUUUGGAGAGUCUUGCUACAUCUGGCUGCGGAUCCCUAUCCAGAUGUUUCCGAUUUGGCUAUGAAAGUACUCAACAGCAUUGCCUACAAGGCCACAGUGAACGCCCGGCCUCAGCGCAUCCUCACCACGUCUUCCCUCACUCAGUCGGCACCCGCCAGCCCCACCAACAAGGGCAUCCACAUCCACCAGGCGGGAGGCUCCCCGCCAACAUCCAGUGCAAGCAGCUCCAGCCUGACCAACGACGUGGCCAAGCAGCCGGUCAGCCGAGACCUGCCUGCAGGCCGGCCAGGCACCACAGGCCCCGUGGCGGUGCAGUACACACCCCACUCCCACCAGUUCCCCCGGACACGGAAGAUGUUCGACAAGGGCCCAGACCAGACCACUGAUGACCCGGAUGAUGCUGCCGGGCACAAAAGUUUCAUUUCGGCCACAAUGCAGACAGGGUUCUGCGACUGGAGCGCGCGGUACUUCGCCCAGCCUGUCAUGAAGGUAAUCCCGGAAGAGCAUGACCUGGAGAGUCAGAUCCGCAAGGAGCGGGAGUGGCGGUUUCUGCGAAACACCCGCGUCAGGAAGCAGGCGCAGCAGCUCAUCCAGAAGGGUAUCACAAGGCUGGACGACCAGAUAUUUCUGAACAGGAACCCUGGUGUCCCCUCCGUGGUCAAGUUUCACCCCUUUACGCCGUGUGUGGCCGUCGCUGACAAAGACAGCAUCUGUUUUUGGGACUGGGAGAAAGGGGAGAAGCUGGAUUAUUUCCACAACGGAAACCCUCGGUACACGAGGGUCACGGCCAUGGAGUAUCUGAAUGGCCAGGACUGCUCACUCCUGCUCACAGCCACAGAUGACGGUGCCAUCAGAGUCUGGAAGAACUUUGCUGAUUUGGAAAAGAAUCCAGAAAUGGUGACGGCCUGGCAGGGGCUCUCCGACAUGCUGCCCACCACCCGAGGUCUGGCCCGAAAGGUCUCAAUCUUUCUUGACCGCAGUAAGCAGGGAGGCCACCUUCACAACAGCCUGGGAAUGGAAAACAGUCCAGAUCCAAGCCUGCUGGAGUGAGGAUGGCGCAGCUCCGCAGGCUCGCAGGGAGGAGGCACAUCUCACGACUCCAUCAGGACAGAAAAGUCGCUCCAGAUUGAGAUUUGCGUUCCCACCAAAUUUUUCAAAAAAGAAUCUUUUUCAGAAUUUAAUGCAAAGUCUCUUAAAGCAUCUGUUUCCAUCUGAAAAUCCAUAUACAAGUUUGAUAGUUACUAAAACACCUAUAUGCAACUGACUGUGGAUACACAUGGUAACACUGGGUUAGCAAACCCAUAUGCCUGCUCAAAACGAGCCCUUUUCUCUCCUAAGCUCACUAGUCAGGUAAAUUGUAAAGAGAUGGAGCCUUAUGAAUCCAGGCAGCAGGUAGAAUUCUUGACCUUUAGUUUGCAGCAUCUGAGCUUAGAGUAUGGCCAGCCUUCUGGUGAACUUUCUGUUCUGGUCUCUCUUUAGUCGCUCCCUAAACAAGGGUUCCCUGCAGGAAGGCAUAUGUGGCUAUGGGUCUGACGGGGUCCCUCGUGCCAUCAGAACUGGAGUGGGUAGAGAAGCAGGUCCCGGGAGGCUGAGAACAAGAUGUCCUUACAGAUGUACAAACUCACAGUUUCGUAUUUUACAAAGGACCCUUUUAGUAAAAAGUUCAAAAGGAAGGAAAAAGAGAAAAGAGAAAACCCGAGACUGACUCAAUCUUCACUCCUUUGCUUCCCGCCAGCAGUGAUGGCGGUGGUUGUAACAGGAAGGAUUUCUCUCAGAAAGAGCCUCCUGGGUUCUCAGAGGAAUGACAGGGUCACUUGCCCUGAAAUCCUGAAGAGGAGCCAGGGGACACCUUUCACGGUCAGGACCUGGGGCGGCCAGAGGAGGGCAGCCCCGUCCCCUGGUUGUCAGCUGCCCGGGGGCAGCAGCCACCCCGGAGGGCAGGGAACAGAUCGUCCAGCACCGGUGUGUGUGUGAACUGGACGUAAACCUUGGGCCUUGGGGCAGCUGUUAGUAUUCGUUGCCUGGAUCAUCUGGGCAGCAAGCAGGGCACCGACGGCAGAGCACAGGGGUGGCUGGCGGGGGGAGUCACGGCUGCCCUCCCCUCCCAGCCUUACUCCUCCUCCGGGGUCACAAGCACAUCCAGAGUCUAAAAUUAGCAGGACCUGGUGAGCAGGAAGCCCUCUCAGUGCAGGAGGCAGGACGCGGGGCCGGGUGGCAGCCCCCAUGGGCCCACGCAGGACGGGGCACUGGCCGUGGGGAACGACGGCUCCCUCCUCUCCCAGGAGGCGUGUGCCCCACCCUGUCUCCUCUGACCCUAAGCAGCUGCCACGUGUUCUGGUCCACCUCCCAGGUGAGAAAUGGAAGUUUAGGUGAAAUCAUUUGCUCCCGAGGAGCCCAGUUUUCUGUUGCCAGCCCUGUCCUGUGUCUCUGAACCUGCCGGCUGUCCAGGAGGUGUUCAUGGGCCCUGAGGGAGGCCUGAUCCCGUGGGGAGGCAUUGCGUCUGCAUCCCUGGGGAGGGAAUGGAGGUCGCCAUCCCACAGGUCUGAGGUUCUCACACAUGCCUGGUUGGGCAGGGGCUGGCCCCUCCUCCUCGGAGUUCCAGAACCAUAGCUCCUAAGGGCGUUUCAGGUUGGGGCUGAUGGGUCCUUAGGGAUCAGGUCUACAUGACAUGUCCUCAGAGGUCAGAUCCCCAUGUUGGGUUCUCAGAGGUCCAUUCCAGACGACAGGGUCCUUAGAGGUCAGUCUGGACUGGCCUCUGAGCCUGGAGGGCUGAUCAUGGACAUCACAGGGACCCAAGCCUCUGAAACAACGUGUUUCUUCUUUUCACUGUCUGCUGGGCCUAGGGUUCUGUCUGGUCCCUGACUUACACGUUCCAGCUUCCUAGUCUACAGCCAUCCCUGUGCCAUACGUCUAUAUUUUAAUGAAGAAAUUCCCUCUUUUUCACGGCCAGCUUUUGGAUGGGAACAUGUGAGCAGAGCUCAUAUCCAGGAUAAAGUCAGAUGGGAAUCUCUGCAUCCUUUUGGGGGCCGCCCACCACCCCUGGCCCCAGGCAGUGAGAUGGAUGGACCGUGAUCUCAGGCACUCAGGGUGCUGGAGUUCGCCCAGUGGGGGAGAGGCUGCAGCACGCGCGGAGGCUCCAUCAGUCGAGCACUCUCCGUGUCGAGGCGGCAGCGUCGACAGGGAGGAGGGGCCCUCCUGGGGGGAGUCCAGAGCAGCCUGCCUGCUGCCAAAGAAAAAAAAGGCCAAGGAGGCCCGGGGGAGGGAGGAGGGGCACAGGCUCUGCCCACAGCUGCCACUUUUCUGGGGAUGGGGAAGGAGGAGACACUGCUGAGACCGUGCUCCCCAGGAACGAAGUGAUUGGAAUCUUCACUCUGGUUCAAAGUCACAAUGUUCCUGUCUUAUGAGUUUUACUUAAAUCAUAGCCAUCAAUUUUGUUCCUUGUGCUCAACACGUCAAGGAAGAGCGUCACCCUUUUUAUCAUCUUUUACCAACUCGUGAUGAGUCAGAUCAUCUCUCCUCCGCUGUGUCUGGAGGUCGAGACACAGGCUUGGUUGGGAAAGGUCUCGAGUGAGAAGGCCAGUGUUUGCGUUCUGUUCUGGGCAGGAGGACGGGCCAGGACCCCAGACCUACAGGAGAAUGAGGUGAGGGUCGGCAGGCGCAGGAGGUCGGUCAGGGUGCAAGCAGACUGUUGUUUUUAUCCCAGCAGUUUUCACGUUGAUCUGAGACUCUUCCACGGAUAGGAGCUUACUGUCUUAGGUGACACAGCUUCCGCCAACAGUCUGGUAGAGCUAAGGAAGCAGCCUCGCCCAGAUUUGUCUGUAUACAUAGGACGCCUGCCUCCCCGGCGUGUACAGGACUUGGGAAGACCUUAGGAAACACGUUUCUUGUCUCUGCUGGCUUCACCAUGCUUUACAACUGGUUUAAACCAGCAUUUGGUCCGCAUCAGAGAAUCUAGAUUUAAAACAGGACUCAGAGCUCACGUGAUGCUCGUCCCCAGGUCCUCUGACGGCCACAUGGGCACACCUUCCAGAGCCUCCAGUGCAGAUGGAGACGCUGGGGCCCUGUGUGGGAGCUGUGUCUCCCCAAAUUCACGUGGUGGAGUCCUCGGCCCCAGCACUCAGAGGGUGACUGUAUUUGAGAGAAGGAUUCAGUUGAAAUGAGGUCACUUGGGUGGGCACUAAUGCAGGGCGGGCCCCCACUGGCUCUGAAUCCAUCAUGAAGGAGACUCAGCAAGAAGGAAGCCACCACCACUUCAUUUGGAGGCCAGGUCAGGCUUCUUACCCCAUUGGGAGUGGCCGCGGCCUCCUCUCUGCUUCCUGCAUGGGCAUGGGCCUGAGACCCCCCUCCCAGUCCUUCUGUGGUCCCCCCAGACCCUCCCCAGCUUGUUCCUGUGACCCCAGAGCAUCCCAGAUGUCACCUGGCCACAUGCUCUCAUCGGAGGACCACUCCUUAAUUACACGGCUCCUGAAAGCCCCACGGGGCUGACACAGAGCUCCAAGUGCAGUUAAGGAUGCCCGAGAACACAGGCCACCCCAUCAGUGGUCCAUGGAUACAGGAGUCUGUGAGCCUCUGCAGUGACCUGGCACCCCAAGUCAGGUCGUGGGUGGGCGCGUCCUCUGCGAUUCAUUCACACCAUGAACACCGGGCACAUGGUGAGGGGAAGCAGGUGGCGUGGUUUCAGGCUCUGCUUGUGGGCUGACUGGUCACAGUGUGACUGGGCUGUCCCGGACAGAAGUGGGGGCCACAUGCCCUGCCCUCUCCCCUACCAGUUCUGAUCGUGGUGAUAGGUGAGAGGCCUCGCCUGCAGCCUUGUCACCAGUAGAUGCCUUUCUGGCACAUUAGGGUGUAUUCUCCUGCCUGGGGUCAGGGGCGUUGCAGUGGGGAGACUGCAUUCUAAAAGGUGAAACAAAGGCUCGUCCAUUUGUUGUGUGGAGCUGACAUUCUGCGGGGUAGACAUGGCAGCCGCCAGCAAAACAGGGAGGACGGGAAGGGGUGUGCCAGGUGACACAUCUGGAACAGGUAGAAGACGGAACAGGGUGAGUCGUAGCCUCACAUGGUCGAGGAGGUGAAUGAGCACGAUUUGGAGGGGCUGCAUGGACGUCAGGAGAGGGGCGUUCCAGGCACAGGGCCCACUGUCAGUUAAGAGGACCAGCCUGGUCACUUUUGGAGGUCAAACCUUGCAGGGGCCAGGGCAGAAUGGGAAGCCAUGGGGGGGUCUCUGGAGUGAGGGUUGAGGGGCUCAGAUCCAAGCAGGAACCUGAAGUGACACGUACAGAUGAGAGUCUGGAGUUCGGGAGAGAGAUCGGGCACUUGGCGGGAACUCCAUAGCCUGAAAGGGGCAUAUCAGAAAAGAACAAGUGAAGGUCACAUUGUCCAACUCAGGAAGUCAGGAGAAAAGUGGGCACCCACAGAGAGAAGGGGAAACCAUAGAGGCAAACACAGGAGCUGCUGCCACAAAAAGCAGAGACAAAUGUAUAAAAAAGCAUGAUGACUUCACUUCAGACUUCAGUAUGACCAAAAGAAGACAUAAACAAAGUUAUAAUGUCAGUGACAGAAUAGGAGAGGAUAUUUGCAAUAUAUGAGUUAAACCAUCAGUGUCAGAAUGUAUAUUAAAACAUACAGGCUGCACACACCAACAUCGACCAGGAUUUGGGGAAAUCACACCUUGUGUCCAUUUCUGAUGAGACUGCAGACCAGCAUCCACUCUGGGAGUGAAACGGCCUCGCCUGGGGAGGUGGGACGCACAGGGAUAUGUCCCCUUCCCGGUGCUGCCACUUCCUUGUGCAAGGGCGUGUGGAAACGUCAGUGUGGCGUGGUUUACAGGCAGGGAAUCGUGGAAGUGAUGGGCUCGUUCUCCAAAGGCGUGUUACCCAGAAGUUCAGUACUAAUUAACCAGAUCUGCAUCCGUUGGGUUGGAUAAACCCUCAAAACGUAACCUUACUGGAAAAACGCAAAUUGCUGGAAAAUAUACCCCCGUUUGAAAUUGGCGACGUUUUUGAAAUGUGGGAGAUGUGGUUCAUGGUUUUGGACACGUGCCCCUACAGGGGAGUGCACGGGGGCCAGCCUAGGAGGGCGCCCAAGGCCUGUGGGUGAUUUGUCUGCGGACAGGACAGGCAAGUGAGGCUUUCACUGUCUUAAAUUUCACUUCAAGAACAAAAAAAAGAGCAAAAAUGAUAAGAUAUUAGCAGCUCUUAGAUCUGGGUGGUGGGUACAGGGGUUUCUGUUGUGUUUUUUCUGUGUGUUUGAAAUAUUAUAAUUAAACAUCUUAAAUCUUAUAGUCCCUCCUGUGAGGUCAGUGCUGCCCUUAGGGAUGCUGAAGGCAUUCGCCCCCCCGCCCAGCCCAGUGUAGGGAAGGGCAGUCCUCGAUUCAUUCACCACUGACCGUCUGUGGUCAGCCCCCUGCCUCCGUGAGGGGCAGCUGCAAAGCUGUUCACCCCCAGGGGACUGCGGGACCCAGGAGACUCACAUCUCUGUGCCUCUGACACCCAUUCUAAAGUCUCCAGACCUGCCGAUCGUGCCCAGGUGUCCUGGAAGGUGGGCAUCGUGGACAAACGGUCCUAAGAUCCUGCUGUCUCUCUGGUAGAUGCCUGGGUACAGCAGAGAUAUAGAGAAGGCUCUGAAUUGUCACCCCGACCUCAAGCUUGCAUGAGGUUGGGGACCCACCCUAUGGGUUGGCACCGACUGCUUGAGCUGUUGCCCAGAACAGGCUCCCUCGGUGACACCGGUGCCCGUCUGU